AGUAAGCAGAUCUUGAUGCAGCUUGUCUCCGAUACCUGACUUCACAACAAAGCUAGAGCGACACUUCACAUCCUACCGACGAAAAAUAAAGAACAGAAAAAAACAAACUACAUUACUCUGUCCUUUGAAUAAUCACAGAGAGAAAAGAAAUCUGUAGCCGAAUAACCGCAAUAUAUCCCCCUGCGACACUAUUCAGAAUACCAGCUCGCUCACCGGGGUGUUCAGCUCAGAAUAUUUAUAUUUAUUUUUUGAAAAACCAAAAUGAAAACCAAAUUUAUCAAUGGGGUUUCUUCUUCCCCCUCCAUGUCGCUGGGUCUGCUUGUGAACGAGAACGCCCUGCAGGUUCAGCCCGACACCGAGGAGGACUGUAAGGAGCUGGCCCGACUUGACCAACCCGACCUGGACACCCGGCGUAAGGCUUAUCUGUGGUGCAGAGAGUUCCUCCAUGGAGCCUGGAAGAGCCUGGCUGAGGACGAUUUCCACAUCACUAUCAUAAGGGGUGGUCUGAGCAACAAGCUCUUCCUGUGCAGCCUCCCUGACAGCGUGGACACUGUAGGAGACGAGCCCAGGAGCGUCCUGCUGCGCCUCUAUGGGGCCAUCCUGCAGAUGUCCUGUAAUAAAGGGGAUUCCCGACAGUCAAACACAGAAAAUCACUUGCAAGGAGCAGAGGCCAUGGUGUUGGAGAGUGUGAUGUUUGCUAUCUUAGCAGAGAGGGAGCUGGGACCUAAACUCUAUGGCAUUUUCCCUCAGGGCCGACUAGAGCAGUACGUCCCUAGUCGUAAACUGGACACCUGUGAGUUGAGCGACCCCAGCAUCUCAGCAGAGGUUGCAGAGAAGAUGGCCAAGUUUCAUGGAAUGAGGAUGCCCUUUAACAAGGAACCAAAGUGGCUGUUUGGAACCAUGGACAAGUACUUGAGCCAAGUCAUGAGGCUGAACUUCACCAGAGAGUCCCAUCUGCGUCGCUUCAACCGCCUGCUCAGUUACAACCUGCCGCAGGAGAUGGAUAAGCUCAAGUCUCUACUGGAGUCUACACACUCUCCUGUAGUGUUCUGCCACAACGACUGCCAAGAAGGAAAUGUCCUGCUGCUGAAGGGCCGCCAGAGCUCAGACAAACAGAAGCUGAUGCUCAUUGACUUUGAGUACAGCAGCUAUAAUUACAGGGGGUUCGAUAUUGGCAACCAUUUCUGUGAAUGGAUGUACGACUACAACUGUGAAGAGUUUCCUUUCUUCAAAGUUAAUGCUCAGGCCUACCCUACAAAGGCCCAGCAGCUGCACUUCAUUGAAAGCUACCUGCGUGAGUCUGAUCAAGGCUUUGACAACCUGAGUGAGGAGGACCAAAUAAAACUGAAGGAGGAGCUGCACAUAGAGGUCAACAGGUUCUCCCUGGCAUCCCACUUUUUUUGGGGCUUGUGGUCCAUCAUCCAGGCCCGGCUCUCCACCAUCAAGUUUGGAUACCUGGAGUAUGCCCAGGCCAGAUUUGAUGCCUACUUCCAGCAGAAGAAGAUCUGGGCUGUCUAAUGGAGAAAAAUGAUUGGAUGGACUGACAACAUGCUCAAACUUUCCCAAAUUCAUGCUCAGACCUGCUCUCUGCUUCAGCCUUAUUCAAACCAUAUUACUAACAUGAGGGUUACAUUUUGAGCAGGAGAGAGGUGGACUUGGGUUACAGCUAGAUUGGAAAUGUUAACAUUGCAUCAAUGUUUAUGUGUUGAUCAUUCCCUUAUGGAAAUGCUCUGUUGGAAAUAACCAAAAUGUGAACUUCUCUUGGUAGAUUCCUGCUUAGUGAAGCAGCCAGUUGUUAACUAUGUAUAUUAUAUAUAGACCUCAAUGUGCCAGUAAGCUGGCCCUGUCUAUUACUGAUGGACUGACUUGUUGGCUGGUGAAAUCAUGAUUAUAUCGACGGGUCAGAUUGAUGUCUACACUUCUAGAUAUUACACACUUGCUGUUUCUUUGAUUUCCUUUUUAAAUGGUUGUAUUUGACUUUAGGGUUAUGUGGUAUUUUCAGAUAUGUGAAUGGUUGAGGUUCUUUUCACUGGCUGGCUGGUUAAACUCCACCAAAUCAAAAUCAAAGACAUCAAACAUCAGGUGUUUCCAUUACAAUGAGCUCUGGUUCUUUGUAGCUUCCUAACUAAUAAUGCAGUUACACUGAUUGGCUGUGACUUUAUUCAGCCUAUUCAAGUUUUACUGACAGAAGUUUGGUACUUGUAUGGUAUUAUUAUGGAUAACUGUGAUGAGUACAUCCAUUUCUCUGUAUAGUUUACAUAUUGGGUAUUAGGGGUGAGCGAAAAAAAUUGGUUCCCUUCCCUAUUGUGGUAAUGGAUUCGGCGAUGUUGCUGUGUUUUUUUGUUUUUUUUUUGGGCAAAAGUGCCUACUGCCAACUUGCCUCAUCAUCGUAGCUAUAAUCCAGAAUAAUGAUGCAGGCGGUCACAAGAGACUGAAUUUUGCAUAUAUUACGUAUGAAGACAAGUUGUAGCUGUAUAGUAACUCUGUUAAAGGGGCAUUUAGUAAAUAUGGCUUUAUAUGUUUCUAUCAGUGAACAAGACCACCCACUGCUACCAAGAAUUGAGUCAUUGGUGUUAAUCACCUUGUCAAACCCAAGCACACACUGGCUCAUUUUAUGGCAGCUGUCUGCUCGGGCAUGGUAAAAGUCUUACUUCAUGCACAUGUAACAAUGGAAGUCAGCAGGGGAACAGUUAAGUACUGUGAACAGUGUGUGUCAGGCUUACCUCAUAGCCUCUGCUCUUAGACGUUCUCCUAUGCAGUGGGAUAAGAGUUCACAAUUGUUUAAAAUGAGAAAUGGAGACUGAUAAUCCUGCCAUCUCUCACCAAAACUUCCUGAGGCCAGCCUAAUUCUACCUCACCCCAUCAAGUCGUAACUGGACCAACUAUAUUAUUAUCCUCAGAUACACAGAUUUAUCAUCUGCUGCUAAGAGAGCCUCCACUUUGCCGUUAAAUGACACCAUGACAUCUUACAUUUUAGUUUACUGUCUUUGCUUGGUGACUCUUUCAUUUUAGUGAAAUUUUUUUUGGCAUGAUUAGCAUUCUUUUUUCCACUCUGUGUAGUACCAGUGACCACAAGCCAGCUUCUCAGUUCACCUUUACAGUAGCAGUGUCUAUGAGACUUUAUUAGAAAUGCUAACAGCGAAGCUUUCCAUGCUAGACAUCUAUUUUUUAGCAUUUCACAUUCCACACAUUAGAAGGGUGCAGUACCCAGUGAAGAACAGACUAAAAUCGACCUUUUGCAAAGCUCAUCCUUUUAGUUACCUUUGCUGACACGUCUGUCAAGCUUUCCAUGCUCACAUAGCACAUUUGGAAUUUACAAUGAAAAUGGUAGAUUUACCACUUGAAAUUCUUUGUAAAAAUUUUGACAGCAGUAAUGACAACUGUCACUGGCAGAUUUUAUGGGCUGUGACUAGCUAGCUAAUCAAGCUAAUAUAAGCUCCAUGAGUUCAUUAAUAAUACUAUCUUCAACUGACUUAAUUUUCUCCACAUAACUUAUUUUAAUACAAGUAUCCCUGUGAAAGGGGUCUUAAGUAUGCACUUGACAGCUACAUAUAUACAUGUCAUGCUUAAAGACUGAUGCUAAAGCUACAUGUCCCAGGAAAAAAGUCCUUACUAGUUAAUUAUCCAUGUUUAAGCUAUGGAAAUAAAGGCGCAGAAAUGUUCUUGCAUUGCUGUGUAGAGCCAGUUAGUCACAGUGUUGGAAAUAUGAUAAGGAAAAAUAUAUUAUCAGACUGUUUUUCAUUCUAAUAGUCCUUGAUUUGCUGCUUAGUUUAAGUUACAUCCUUGUAUGUCUUUUAAAACAGUCUGUUCUAUAGCUUUCAUUAAGUGUACAAAAAUAAGGCCUCACUGGCUAAUGUUGCUGAAUGGUGAGUUUAAGGCUGUAUUAGUAAAUCUAACACUCUAGACUAAAAUGAGAGCGCUGCUGUCCAUAUGAAUUAAGCAUACUAUUUCUAUAUGAAUCAAAAAUGUUAAAAAUAUUAACUGCACUUGGCGCUUUGCUGCCCUGUCUCUUCAGACAGAGUGUUCCAAAGUACGCUCUGCCACUACAAGAGUGUGGUGCUCUGAAUAACUGAAUGGUGUAUUCCAGCAGUGCUCCCAAUGUACAAAUUGUCCAGUCUGUGCCAUAGAGUGCUCUGCUGCUCCGAGAGUGUGGUACUCUGAACAAGUGAAUGGUGUAUACCAGUAGUACUCCAAAUUUACUAAAGGUCCAGUUUGUGCCAGAAUACGCUCUACCGUUCCAAGAGUGUGGUGCUCUGAAUAACCAAAUGAUAUAAUUUCAAAAGUGCACCGAAUUUACAAAUGGUCCAUCUUUUGCCAGAAUGCCCUCUUGCACUUGGAGUGCAAACUUUCCCAAAUUCAGCAUAGACCAGGACAGAGACUACUAACGCUAGCUAACUCUGAUAGCAUCCAAGAUUAGCUUCCCUCCAGUGGGGAAAUGCUACACAUUUAAUAGUCUAGUUGUAAACAAGAUUUUUUUUUUUUUACUAACCCUGCCAACUAAUGUUGUCAGUGAUAUGCUCUUUUGCCUUGGAAGUAAAGCACCAUUACCAUCCUAUGUUAGGUUGUAAGCUAGUUAGCUGGACAUGCGAACAGUUAACAGCCAACAGUUGUAGUUUAAUGUAUUCCUAGCACUUUUGUUCUUUUUUUGUGGUUUAAAAAGACUUAAGAAAAUUACAUCAUUCUCCAAACAGCACAACAUGGAGAAAUAUUCCAAAGUGGGAAGGGCCUAAUUUACCAAGUUACAAUCACUAAGCCAUGAUUGGACAAUGUACAAUCACUGUUAAGUGGUCAGCGAAAGUUACUUAAAAUGCAUAAUAUCUGCUUUUGGUAGUAUUAGAUAAUACUGUAUGGAAACACUUUAGUGGAUACUUGUUUGUUUGCCACAAAAUCUAUGACUCCAUUCCCAGUGUGACUGACAAGAGAAAAUUGUGCAACCACCACAAAGGCUGACCAUGCAUGUUCAUUCCUGUUCAUUUGUAGCAUCAUGUAUCAGGGUAUAGUCCCUGUCUAACUGAGCACUGGGAUUUAGUGUGGAAGCCACCAAGUGACACUUGUGAAGUGUACAGUAGGCAUUACCUCAGACUUCUUGUAAGAAUGGCUACACUGUGAUCUACAGUGUACACAGAGUUUAGGGAAUUAAGCUGGAUCACAAAAAUAAACACCACAAUAGUCACCUGAUACUGGAAGCAUCCAGAGGUGUUUGAAUGUCUACUUUGGCACUUUUGAUCUGAGGACCAGAAAAAAAAAAGAAGAAUAUACCGUGUACUGGAGUAUUUUCAUGUGUAAACAUUUGAUGGGUUAUUGAACUGUGACUGUUGUAUAAAUGUUAGUUUUAUUUACGUACAAGUCUAUUUUAUUGUAUAUUUCAUUGUUAUAUUUCCUUUGGAAUGUGUUUAACCUAUAGUUUUCAAUGUAUUUUGAGAAUGGACUAUAGUGGAGGACUAUUCAAAUUUAAAGUGAUUUUGCCAAAUCUUUGCUACAUCCACCGUGUAGCAAUAGUCUUUACUGUGUCUUUUUUUUUUUCAAUACCUUCAAGUGGCUCUAUCUUCUACCUAACAUGAAUUUGUAUUCAUUUAGUUUUCUUUUAUGACUAAAAUGUAUUUGGCCUGUGCUUUCAUUUCAUUUUAUUUCUGUUUCAAUAUUGUUGUUCUUUUCCAUUAUUAUUUUUAUGUUUUUUGUAGAAAAAAUGGACACCAUGAUCUGCAACCAGUACUUUCCAUAAAUGUUACUUACCUUCAGUAUUGCAUAUAUUUGACUAUACGAACUGAAAUUUUGAUAUAAUUGGUUCUUCCAGUAAAAUUGUAAUUUGUCCCCAGUAGAGAACAAGAGAAGAGAAUGAACACCCUCACUUAUGUUUAUACAUGUAAUAUAAUGUAUGUAAAAUUCACUAACAUAAAUAUAGAGGGCCGUGCUAAAAUUAUCCACAUAUAAAGAAUGACAAACUUGUACCUUAUCAUUCUUAUGAAUGUACAUUGUGUUAAUGUAAUACUUAUUUUCUGUCAAAGAAACAUUGUUCUUUGAUAGCACCCACAACUGCACUAUUGUGUGACUCACAAUGGUAACCUUUGCUAUCUAUGCAGCUAUAUUGAAUGCAUAUGUACUCAUUAAGAUGUACUUUGUCAUUAAAAUAUUAUGAGUGAACUGCUGCAGCAUAGAAAUGACCUUGUGGCUGUAAAUUUACUUUUCUGCUUUGCACAAAUAAAAAUUAAAGAGAAAACAACA